UAUAACGACAUGUUAAUUAAAAAUAGACCUGUUCAUAUUGUAUUUGUAUAGCUAUAGUAUGGGCCAUUAUGUAGAUAGAAGUGAUAUUUCAUGUGGGAAAACGUUUCUGGAAUUAUCAGAAAGGGAGUAAUGGAGGGCAAGUUUAAAACAAAAACCUCAACUGUGUGUUUGUGUAUAGAGUUAGCUGAACCUAUUUUUGACUGUUUGCUUUCUUUACAUAUUUUGUAUAUGCUUGCAACAUGGGAAUCUUUUUAGUAGGCUUUAUAACCAUUGCCGUUUUUCCCGAGAACUAGUAAUCGCCAGUCGGUUAAGUUAAUUUUCCUCAGCUGUUUACUUUUCCGGGUCGUCUUGAACGCAGCAUUAAGUCUGAUGGACGUGUGUGUCCCGGGGCGAAAACGUCAUAAGCUCGAAAUCUUCCACGGAGUGGGAACUAAAGGGAUAGAGAAAUGGAAGUGGUUUGACUAAAAAGGAGUGACUAACAGAUGUUAGUUUAGUUUCUUUAAACCUAUCGUCUUAGGUCAGUUUUUAUUAGAGUUUAUUCUUCAGGACAAGCAGGUGCACGUGGAUGGCGAUAAAAGGCAAAGUCAGCUCUGUGUUAACAGAGUCAGUAGUUUGAAAUGUUUGUAACGUUAAAGGGUCACAGCUUUUAUCUCGUUUUAAAACAUUGGUGGAGUAUUAAAGUCGUUUUUCUUUUUGAAAAACUGAAGAGUUCGUUUAUUUCAAAGUAGAUAUAUGUUCUCGAAGAUUGUGAACGUUAACUCUGUAAGAAAAGUAAAAGAUAAAUACAUAGAAUAUACAAUAGUCAAACGUUAGGAUAAUCCUGGCCCAAAUGGAGAAGAAGAAGAAAACCAACCGCACCGGGCACUUCGCAGGUGGAAGAGCCAGUAACAGAGUGGACAGGGUGGAUCCAUAUGGCUUUGAGCGCUCCGAGGACUUUGAUUUUGAUUCAUACGAGGAACUCAUGUCUGAGUAUCUGGUUGUGCUCACACGUAGAUCCAUCAAGUGGUCCAAACUACUGAAGAGCAAGAAAAAAGUGCAGAAAAAUGUCAAAUUAAAACGUUACGUGCGUAAGGGGAUUCCUAAUGAACACAGAGCUCUGGUGUGGAUGGCAGCCAGUGGAGCUCAAGACCAGUUUGAAAAGAACCCAGGAUACUACCAGAUGCUGCUUGGAGCUCAACAUGACCCUAAGCUGGUGGAGACCAUUCUCACAGAUCUGAACAGAACAUUUCCAGACAACAUCCUGUUCAGUGAAACAUCCAGGCCAUGUCUGCAGAAACCUCUAUACAAUGUUCUGCUUGCUUAUGGUCAUCACAAUUCAACUGUUGGCUACUGUCAGGGGAUGAACUUCAUAGCUGGUUAUCUACUUAUCGUCACAAAAGAUGAAGAGAAAUCCUUUUGGCUGAUGGAUGCACUCCUUAGCAGAAUUUUACCAGACUAUUACAGUCCAGCAAUGUUGGGACUAAAGAUGGACCAGGAGGUUCUUGGCGAGCUGGUGAAAAUCAAAACCCCCCAGGUCUGGAGGACUAUGAUUGAUCACAAUGUAAUGUGGACACUUGUGGUUUCCCGAUGGUUCAUCUGCCUCUAUAUUGAUGUUCUGCCAGUGGAGACUGUCCUGAGGAUUUGGGAUUGCCUGUUUUACGAAGGAUCAAAAAUACUGUUCCGUGUAGCGUUAACACUGAUCAACCACAACCAGACUCUGAUUCAACAGGCAAGAUCAUUGCCAGAUGUUGUCCAGAUCUUCAAGCAGAUCACACAAGGACCAUUUGUGAACGACUGUCACACUUUUUUGCAGCAUAUCUUCACCGAGCCCGGAAGCCUUUCCACCUCAACCUUGACUAAGUUGCGGGCAAGAUGUCGUUCACACAUCAUUUCAGAAGAGUCAUGACAUUAACUCACCUGUUGGAGGAAUCAAGUAGGCUUUUUUUUGCACAAUCGUUGGUCUGUUAAAUUUCUAUUUAUGUGUAGGUUUUUUUUCACUUGUACUGUAUUCAUAAUUGUAUAUGAAGUCUUAAUAAUAUGCUUUGUAGUCUGAUUUAAGGUCACACUAUAUUUAAAUGAGUAGUAUAGUGAUUCCAGUGGCUGUUUACAGCUCGCUUUUUUGUUUCUUCCAAGAAAAAGUGUAUUGAAAGUCUCGAUGAAGAUUGUAGUUCUAACAGAAUGUAACUUGCUUUUGUCUAAUUGUUUUCCGAUUAGGUAUGAACUAAUUAUUCUGUUUCAAAAUGUAAAUGUCGUGGAGAUUCUGUAUAAUAUUUCCCCUUUUUGUUUUGAAAUUUGAGCUGAGGUUUUGAAAAACAUUCAUUCAUUCAUUCGUCAGUAGCAGAAUUCACUUAUCACAAGUUUAGAGUUUUGGGCCCAUUAGUGACAGGGCAUGUAUUUUUUUAAAUAUAAAAUUUACUUCAGAAUACAAUUGUCAGGACCAGUCCAACUACUAUAAAAAGCACAUCUUAUUGUCCGUAAAAUACAGCAAGCUCUUCAUCAUCAACACAACGCAGCAAAUUUAACACUAUUUUGAUCGGGGAUUAUGUGAAGACCCACAGAGUUUCAUUAUCAUCUCAACAACAAUCCCCUCCGUACUAAGAAAA